AUGCUCUCAACUGCUAUCGACGGAAACCCCGCUCCGGCACCGCCACUCCUACCUUCCGAUCGGCCGCCGGAUCCCCCAAUCUCUUCGGCUGUUGCCGUUUCGGCUACUUUGCCUGCGAACGUGGCCUCGGCCACCAUCUCCUCGGAUAUGUUAAUUGAUGGUGCUUCUUUGUCUUUGUCUCAACAGGGGAUCACGAUCAAGGAAGCGGGAGUUCAAGCGGAACCGACAGGCGGUGCGGGAGUUGGACAGGCUCCGUUGUCAUAUGCGAAUGCGGUCGCGGGCAUCACAGCUAAGGCUCCUAUUCCUAAUCAACUAAUUCAGUGGUCUCCUGUGGGGGAACACGAUCUAGUGACGGGAGAGCACAAUGGAGAACCAGCCCUGAAAAUCUCCUCUGCGUUCAAAGAAAGGAUAUGUGCUCCUUGGCACAGGACUCUGGUGAUUCGUUUGCUUGGCUUGCGGAUUGGCUUCGUGACUCUGUGCAAUCGACUGAAAGGGAUAUGGAGACCUACAGGGGCUAUGGAAAUCAAGGAUUUAGACCACGACUGCUUCUUGGUUAAGCUUGACAACGAGCAGGAUUAUUUUCGAGCUCUAACAGAUAGUCCAUGGGUGAUCUAUGAUCACUACCUGGUAGUCCAGCAGUGGACUCCCAACUUCAAGGCGUCGGAUCCCUUACCGAAGAAGAUGAUUGUCUGGGUGCAACUUCCAGCCUUGAAGAUUCAUUUCUACCACAAAGAGGUUUUGAAUAUGCUUGAAAACCUCAUAGGAAGAACCAUUAAGCUGGACUUUCAUACCCUGACCCAGCAACGAGCGAAAUUUGCGCGCAUAGCGGUGGAGGUGGAUCUUUCCAAACCUUUGGUCCCAAGAAUAUGGCUUGAUGACGACUGGCAGAAAGUUGAAUAUGAAAACCUCCCUGAGGUUUGCUUCCAAUGCGGCAAGAUCGGUCAUUCCUUACCAGGGUGUCCGCAAAAUCAACCGGCGACUCCAGCGGGCCAAACGGUGAUCGCCGGUGGUACGCCGCCGUUGACUCCACCAGCAGCGCAGGAAGACUCUAGUCCGGGGUUCGGGCCAUGGAUGUUGGUGUCGCGGAAAAGCCGGCGGAAUUCUAGGGAAACUCAUAGAAAGGGAAAUACAGAUUUGGACUCAGGCAACCAAAUCACGGUUCAUACAGGUAAAUCAGGAAAGGAGAUAGCGGCAAUCAAGGAACCGGUGAAACUCUUACCUUCUACGUCGACUCUCAACGACUCUGGGAUUCAGCGGAAUGCAGGUCAGGAAAGGAAAGGGGCGGCAGUGAGAAAGGGAGGAGAUGAGGUUAUUAAAGGAAAAGGUAAAGCUACCUCUGAGCUCACCAGCAACGGGAAGGGCUUACUUGGGCCAAAGCCCAACUGCCUCACACAAAUGGAUAAUGGGCCGCGCCAAGCCAAAGAGAGUAAUGGGGCAUCCACUUCGGCCCUUUUGACAGACCCAAAACCAAGGACGGAGAGUGCUGUGAAUCCAGCUGCUACGGCCCAUAUUCCGAACGUGGCCCAACCUCCUUCUCCACCUGCAGUUCGCACGGUGAAAGGGCAGAAUGGGUCGUUGAUGCAGAUUGUCGUUCACCAUCAAGAGAACCAGGACGGUCGCGACGAAACUCUCAACUCCUCUCCAUCGGUGGCCAAGAGGACGAAACGAAGCAAGGGUAAGAAGUCUCAAGCUAAGGGGUCUCCUGCCAAACUCCAUCAAUUGAAGGCGCUGUAG